UCCACAACCCAUCUAGAUUUCCUGUCCCGCUGCCACUAAGAUACAGGCAAGGCUAGGGAAAGAAUCUGCAUUGCCUAAGUAGAGCGUAGAUGUAUCUAUCACACCUAGAUGCACACGCAAGGAGUAUAGAAGAACUAUCUGGGGUACGUCCACUUCGUGGUCGGUCUAUGUACAUAGAGGACCAGCAGACUCGCACAGGAAUCAUCAACGAUACCGCACAGACCCAUCGCAACCCUUUAGCGAGACGACCCAUUUCUAUACAUUUUGGUACCCUACCGAAGGAAAUCAUGGCCGGAAAUUACGCGUGUUCAUGGGAACAACCACGUGAUCAGCAUGCAGUAGGUCAGCACAUCAUCCACAGUGCGGAUAAGAAGCUCCAGCAUCAGCAGUCAUACCCGCAGCGAAAUGUUGGUGGAAGGCGUCCCUUCGGCCGUUACGGUAGCCGCCCUUCUUCUGACAGCACGGAGCUUAUUGGAGGCGGACAGGCUUACAAUCCAAAAGGAAAUCGCGCUGCUGAUAUGUUCAAACGCGCGAAGGAGCACACCGAUAAGUUUGCCAUUGAUGAUGAAGCUGUUACACCACAAGCAGUUCAGAAAGCACGUCAUGGUGGUGCCGAUGAAUGUGAUAUGCCCAAGCAGAAGGCAAGGCCCCAGCAGCAGUCCAGACCGGUUGCAAGACCAGCUGCAAGACCAGUUUCUCAACCAUCCCCAAAGCCGGUGUCCCCCGGAGCAGGUUUUUCAUCAGAGUAUGGAGCGCCACAGCCUUCACCUGCGCAGAGACAGCAGCAGCAGCUACAGCAACAACAGCAGCAGCAAUAUCAACAGGCCCAACGCCAGCAGCAACAACAAAGACAACAGCAGCAACAACAGCAACAGGCACGCCAACAGGUUCAGCAACAAUCACCCUAUGCAUCAAGCUACGGUCAAUCAAAGCCAGCUGCGGGUAAUGGUCCAAAGUAUAAUGCAAAAACGCGUCAGCAUCGCAACCAGCAAACACCUGCUACAGGAUGCACCUGGAACAAGGAUAACGUCACCUCGAAAUUCCAUCCAGGAGUGCAGCCAUAUGAAGAAAAUUACAACCGCAGUGCCCAGGGUUGGUCCACACAAUAUAGGGAUACCUUCUCCGAUGAAGAUAUAGAUGUCUACGACCCUUAUGCACCAAAGAAGAGCCCCAACAUCAAGGCAGCCCCUAAAAUUGACGUCAGUGGGAGCACCAAAUCCAGCAAUCCGACACAAUACAAUGAUUUCAACAAGCGUGCUACAGGCUGGAACCCGAUAGGUCUUGACGAACAGGACGCGGAAGCUCUCUACAGCGGCAACCGUCCAUCCAUGACCACCCUUUCGUCGGCCUUUGAGGAACCAAGACCAAAGUACGGAGGUGGUCAUCAACAAGCAGCCCAGUCUAGGGCCUCGCCAUCAAGGCCCGCCCAACAGCAACAACAGCAACGGCAGCAGCAGCAACAAAGGCAACAGCAGCAAAGACCGCCCCAGCAGCAGAGGCCACCCCAGCAACAAAGACCACCCCAGCAGCAAAGGAUGUCUUCCACUGCUCCCUACGCGGCGGGUCCCGGAGGCUGGAGUGGAAUGUUGGAGUCUGAUGAUUUAUGACUCGUGCCACAUACCACCAGGAUGCAGCAGUCACCUGUUUCUCCUGGAUCAGGUAGUCAUGGUAGUGGUGGUGGUGGUAGUGGUGGUGGUGGUAGCGUUGAUGGGAAGAAACAGAUGGGUAAUAAUGUUACACGGCGGGGUCCAGUGGGGGGAAGGGCGGGGCGACAACAAUCCCACCAACAGGGAGCCCUUGUUAGGCAUAUGAGUUGGCCUGGGUACAACCCUACCCAGCAGAACUCCCUUUCACUUCGAAUUUCUAUAGGUGUAACGCCGACUGGGGUUAAUCGAAUUUCAUUGAACAUGUAAUUAACGCACCAAUAUAGCAAUUUAAGUAAAUACGUAGACAUAAAUAUCUUCUGCCUUAUCACUGAUAUGUUUGCCCAAUGUUUUUCCCCUCUUGUUUAAGUUGUAUGAAAAUAAAAUCAAUAAUGGAAAGAUGAUUAUGAGUUGUUGGUAACUUUAUUUUCUUUAACAAAUUAAAAUUCAUUAUGAAACUUAAAGCAAAUGUCUCCAUGCAUGCAGUACCUUGUGUGUUUAUUGCAUGUCCUAUUAGAUCUGUUGAUAAUUUGAUGUAAAUAGUGUUUGCUGUAAAACUCAUUUGAUUUAAGAGAAGUGUUUAAAAUCAAUUCUUACGCGUUUCCUCUAACAAGUUUCACCUUGGUUCAUAUGAGCAUAGUGAGAAAGAGAGAGAGAGAGAUGUAUAGAAAAAGAAUAUCGAGCGAGUGGGGCAGAGAAAAAGACGGGGUGGCAAAAGCGGGAUAGGAAAACAAGAAAAGCCAUGUACAUAGAUAAUGUAUAUAGCUUCGAGCAACAUACUAUCAAAUAUUGUGUUGAAAAAAAUGGAUACACACAUAACCAAAACCUGUCCCCACUCAAGUCUAUCUAAAUAAUAAAAUACCAAUAAUCAAUCCUUUAGCAUGUAUUCAUGAAGGACAAGCAUGAUAAAUAAAUGUAAAUUGAUAAGCAACCAUUUUGACUCCAAAGUCGUAAAUAAAUGGUAACUGCAUGUCGGUGUUUUUCUCCAUUUUGAUUAGCAACUGAAAAUAGAAAAUGGCUGCUAUGGUGAUUUAGAUUUAUUUGGCGACUUUUUCAGUGGUGCGUCUUUUCAUCCUGUAUAUACUAUCAUUAGUGUUCAACUUUUGAAAUAUAUUAAAACAGAUAAAUAUAUCGAGUAUAGUAAAAUGAGAUGUAGAGAGAGAAAGAGAGAUGGAAAGAGGGAGAGAGAGAGGGUAAAAUGAGAGAGUGUGUGUGUUUGUGUGAGGGAGGGGGAGGGGUGAGCUAGGAGGGGUAUAGUAAGUAAAUACUUAAAUGGGAACGUUCGUUUCCGGAGUUAUUUUCAUUUGUGUAUGGAGUACUGCGACAUAUCAAAAAGGAAUCUUAUAAUAUUAUUAUUGUUUUUUUUUAUUAUAAUACCUUUUAAAAACUUGAUUUCCUUUUUGCUUCUGGGAUAUGUUGUCUGCAUUGCAAACUUUGCCCGCAAUGCGUUUACAUUUUGAUGCCAUUGAAAUGGCAGCAUUUGUUUCGUUUUGAAAGUUGUGAGUUUUGAAAGUAUAUGAUAAUUAUCAUCUUAAAGAAAAUGAUGUCAUCGUUUUUCUGUAUUCUGGUCAUUGUUUUGCGCGAAUUGACUCCAAGGUCUCAUUGGAAACAUAUAUAUGUAGUUCCAGCUAUAUAAAUGCCGUUGUGUCAUUGACGUUUUGAUCAAAUCAUUUUGCUUUACAAAAGCUUGGUGCAAAAUUUUCGACGCAUUUAGUUUGCCUAAAAUCAAAUGAAUAACACUGCUAGGAAUAAACUGAUUAUUUUAUUUCUAUUUCAGAAAAAUAUAUGUUCUAAGCUGAAAAGAUAUUUCACGAUGGUGAUAGUAAACCAUUGUAAUUCGUUCUUACCCUGUUACAAACGUAUGUGGUGAAAAAAAUGGCAAUAUCAACUUUAUUUUCAAUAUUUUGAAAACUUCGCAAGGCGCGAAAGAUGAAGUCUAUUUUCUACUGAAGAGAGUUUAUGUGUUGCUUGUUGGAAGAACCUCGAGCAAUGAUAAUGCUUUUUUUCUCUUACAUUUCAUGAAGCAGUUGAUAGGUAUUGGUUUAGAAUCGUUACUACUUCAGACUGAAUAAAGAGAACAAUGAGAAUGAGCUCAAAAUAUCCUUGUUGGGUAAACCGAGGUUCUUUUCAACAACACAAUGAAUAAAGCUGUAUUACGUGAGAACGGCCACCCGCUCAUAUAUUGUGUUACAAAGAUCCCAUAAGCACAAUAUUUCAUAUUAUUUUCCAGGAACAGCUAAUAAAGAAAAA